GGAACGUCGCGGUAAACGCCGCGUUUACACAAUUCCACGUGGGCCGUUUUAUCCACCAGUGAACUGAACUUCGUCUCCAGUGAUUAGUUCUGCUGAAUGUCGCAGGCUUUUCUGAUUACGUUGUAAUUACCGGUCUUGAUUGAGAUUUAGUGACUCCUGAUAUUUCCAUCUAGUUUUGAGUUUUAUUGACUCCUGAUACUUCCACACUGAUGCGGGUUAUGGAUUAAGCAGACAUGUCUUUCUUAAGGAGGGCAGUGUUGGCAGUGUGUAUUGCGUUUGUUUGCUUGCAAGAGAGCAGUUUAGCAGCGAGAAUACAAGAUGUUGACAUGACCGAGAAGGAUCUGCUGCAGGCUAUCAAGAUACCGUUCGAUGACCCCAACACCGUCUUCUUCGACUACGGCCUGGAGGGGUUCCCCGCAAUGGGGCUCAAGCCCGGGUCUGAUAUCAAAUCCCCGUACCGCCUCUACCUACCCGAGCGUUUCUACGCCGAGUUCUCUAUCACCGCUACUGUAAAGCUGGCAUCCAAGGAGGGUGGUUUCCUCUUCGCCGUCGUCAAUCCUUUGGAUACGGUGGUGGAGCUCGGAGUGCACCUAGGGGGUGCAGGGGCGGGGAUGUCGAACCUGAGCCUCCUAUACACGGACGUGGCCACCCACUAUUCCUCCCAGUCCGUGGCGAGCUUCCUGUUACCCUCGUCCUUCAGCAGAUGGGGACGCUUCGCCCUGAAGGUGACGGCAGAGGAGGUGACCGUGUACUUCAACUGCGAGAAGUACGACACCAUACCUGUGAAGAGAGAGCCACAGGAGCUUGUGUUCGACUCAGCGUCCACUCUCUAUGUCGGGCAGGCUGGUCCCUAUCAUCAAGGGGGCGCUAGACGUGAGUAUCCCCUCAUGUAAUGAUCUAUUAUAUUA